AUGGAAGCUCUUGAUAAAUUGACGAUUGAUGAGAAGGAUUUGUUGCGGAAAAGCUGGAAGGUGCUCGAGAAGAGUUUGAACAACACCGCUUAUAAUAUCUUCGAGAUGAUUAUUAAUCAGAGUCCUGACACGAAAGCGCUUUUUCCAUUUAUCAAAAUGAAUCAAGGAGGAAGAUCGAGAGAAAUGGAGUUUCAUGCGCUACGUUUCAUGCAGGUUCUCGAAUCAGUUGUGAAAACUUUGGACAAUCCCGAAUCUCUCAACCCACUUUGUGAUAAUCUCGGAAGGGUUCACGGUCGUUUGAGCGAGUCUCGCGGAUUCCGAACCCAUCACUGGGCAGUAUUCAUCGAAUGCACUCUCUAUCAUUUCAGACGGGUUUUGUCGCAGGAUAGCGCAUUUCAUCGAAUGGAACCAUUGGACAAGGUCAUUAUUUUGUGGAGAACAAUCCUCAGACUUCUUAUUAAACAGAUGAAGCGUGGGUUCAAUACGGACAUCCGCAAUCGUGCAGCCAGUCGCGAGAUUGAAGACACCCAGAAGGCGUCAACUAGCAGCUCUCCAGUGAGCAGCGACAAUUCUUCAUUGAUAGCCCUUCCCCAAACUAUCACUCAAAGCAUCACAUUGCCAAACAUCAGUAACAAUUACAAAAGUUUGGAGGCGGCGCGAGUAACCAAUGGCGACCGCAAUCAAUCGAGCACCGGCAUUUUUCGUCCACUCAAAGAUUUCGCAAGAAGAAAAUUCAUUUCGCAUUUCUAA